UUUCAUUAAUUGCUGUAAACAAAAAUUGUAUCUUUUAAUUUUUAUUGCAGAGUACUAAAAACUACCUCAAAAUGUUGCGAAUAUGUUUACUAAGCAUAUUUAUAUUCCUGUUGCAGGGGAAGGAUAUAGAUGCUCAACAUCACUAUGAAUAUGAGCGACAAGUUAAAAACAUUAUUUGGUGCACCAAAUCACUUGAAGAACAAUAUAAAUGUCAAAACCUCACCGUUGCCAUUGAACGUGAUCGAGCUUUAUUUGAUGAUGCGUAUUUAAAUCUCACGUGUUUUUUGGGUUAUAGCGCGGAUGAAUGUAUUCACCAUAUCGAUCAUGAAAAAGCACACGUAACAACACUUGAUGCGGGUGACGUUUUUACAGCUGGUAGAUACAAUUCUUUAGUACCUAUAAUGCAAGAAAAGUUUGCCGGUGGUCUUUCAAAUUAUCACGCUGUCGCUGUUGUCAAAAAAGACACUUUGCAAGAUGUUUACAGUUUAAGAGAUUUGCGAAACAAACGUGCCUGCUUCCCGUGGGUGGGUAGCAUGGCCGGGUGGAUUGUGCCCAUUUAUACGUUGCAACGUGAAGGUGGCAUGGAAGUAGUUGACUGCAACAAUCAAGUCAAAACCGCUGCCAAUUAUUUUAAUAACUCUUGCGCCGUGUACUCAUUGAUCAACAAAUACAAUCCAAUUGGAGACAAUUCUGAUAAACUAUGUACGCUGUGCACAGGUAAAAUACCUGGUGGAAGAUGUUCGGCAAAAGAUCCUUACUUUGGCUACGAUGGUGCUUUCCGUUGUCUCCUCGAAGCUGGUGAAGUGGCUUUUCUACGCGACUCAACAGUCACGGAAAUGCUGCAAACUAACGAAUUCAGUAGUUUAUCACCUGAUCGCUUUGAACUGCUUUGUCGUGAUGGUCGUCGAGUGCCUGUCAGCGAAUACCGCCAAUGCAACUGGGGUGUUAUCCCCUCCGAUGCAGUCGUUACGUCCUCUGCACGAAAUUCAUUCGAACGAAAGAAAUUUCAACAAUUUUUAAGACGUAUAAUUGAACUUUACUCAGAUGCUCUGCGCGAAGAAGCGAACGAGCAAAAUAAACGUUUAAAUGGCGAGGCGGGAAAUAAUUUCAAUUACAAUGUAAACAAUGAUCAAUACGGUAACACUUACGGAGUAAAUAACAAUAAUCCGUAUAAUUCAAAUAAUCCAUACGACACAUCCAAUACAUACAACCGAAACCCUUAUGAUAAUUAUGAUGGUGGUAAUAGCGGUUUUCGCAAUGAUCGUUUGGAUUCAAGUUUCACAACGGAUCGCAAUUAUCCGGAUGGUACGAACGAAACCAUUCUAUAUGAGAAAUUCCGAAUAUUCGAGUCACGUCGUCAUGGCAAAGCAAACCUUAUGUUUCAGGAUUCUGCACGAUCGCUAAUAUUAAUUCCAGAAGAUGAUCAAUCAUUUAGCAAACAUUUGCAAGACACAACCACUUACAUUUAUGGUAUACGUGAUUGUCCAGUACCUAGUAUGACACUGUGUGUAACAUCCGAUCCAGAGCUAGAGAAAUGUAUUAAAAUGAAGAUUGCUUUAAAAGCACAAAUAUUAAAACCUGAACUGAUAUGCAAAAAGGAACAUUCGCACAUUAAUUGCAUGCAAUGGAUCCAAUCCGGAAAAGCUGAUAUCGCCGUAUUUGAUGCAGGCGAUGUAUAUACUGGUGGUUUGAAUUAUGACUUGAUUCCUUUUAUGUCUGAAGUUUACAAUUUGGGCGAACCGGAGUAUUAUGUUGUAGCCGUCGCGAAGGAGGAAGAUCCAGACACUGAACUGACAUAUCUAAAGGGCAAAUAUACAUGUCACACAGGCAUUAACACCGCCGCUGGCUGGACCUAUCCAAUGGCCUUCCUCAUAUCGAACGGUUGGAUACGCCCAUACGGUUGCGAUUCAAUACGUGCUGCUGCUGAAUACUUCACGAAGUCGUGUAUACCUGGCGCUAUCAGUAAUGAAUAUAACACUGGCGUACCCUACGACAGCAUGUGUGAUCUUUGUCAUGGCACCAGCUAUCGUUAUUGUAGACGUGAUGCAUCUGAAGAUUACUAUGGUCAUACCGGUGCAUUCCGUUGUCUAGUUGAGGGUGGAGGACAUGUGGCGUUUAUGAAGCAUACCACUGUUAUGGAAAGUACGGGUGGCAAACGUAAAGAGUGGUGGGCUCGAAAUACACUCAACGAUGAUUUCGAAUUACUUUGUACCGAUGGUACUCGCGCUGAGUUGCAUGACUAUAAAAAAUGUAACUUGGGUAAGGUUAAGGCAAAUGCAAUUGUAACGCGUGGCGGUGUUAACUACAAUGACACCCAAAUUAAUGCAUACAUUAAUUUAUUAACCUACGCCCAACAACUGUACGGUCGCAAAAAUACCGAUACGUUUAGCUUCAGUAUGUUCUCUUCCCCGAUGGGCUUUUACGAUCUAAUCUUCCAAGACGCCACACGCCAACUACGCGUCAUACCACCUAAUCAACGUCGCUACGAUAUCUACUUGGGCAGCAACUUUAUGCGUGCCCGACGUAUCACUGAUUGUUAUGCCGGUGCAGCGCAGUUAAUGGUUUCCGUACCGCUUCUCUUUAUUUUAUAUGCUUUUCUCUUAGGAUUUUGAGAGCAAAUUAUUCCAUCUAUACUUUAGGUAUUUAAAAAUAAUUACUAUUUUUUUAAACAAUAUUACUAAAGUAAUUCCAAAAUAGUUCAAAAAUUGACACUUAUAAAAAUAAAUACCUUAGGUUAAGUAUAAAGAAGGUAUGACUUGUUAAAGCAACAAUCAUAUGUUUUCACGUUUAUAUGUCGUAAUUUCUACAAAACAAUGUACGCAGUGCAUUUUGCAACAUAAGCACAAAGGUAGAUUAUUUUACAUCUACACACUUAUGUAUCUCAAAUAAGCAAAUUGUUGUCCAUAUGUAUUCUCGUAUAGCUCGUAAUCAAAAUAUUUAUACAUUCAUAAUUAAGUGCCUUAUAUUGAAACAUUCCGUCCAAAUUUUUUUAUGUAGAAAUCCGUCCAGUUUUUUAUAUUUAUAACGAAGUAUAUACA